CCCCGCCGCCCCGCGCAUUCCCGACCCUCCGGGCGGUGGCGGCGGCGGUGGCGGGGCCCGGCGGGGCCGGGGCGGGACCCCACGAUGCCGCAGCUGGAACCGACGGGGGGAGACGACUUGGGGGCCCCCGACGAGCUCAUCGCCUUCCAGGACGAGGGCGAGGAGCAGGACAAGGGCGCGGGGCGCGGCUCGGCCCACGGGGACCUGGACGAGCUCAAGUCCUCCCUGGUCAGCGAGACCGAGAACCGGGGGGGCCCCGGUCCCGUGGUCGGCCCCGGCCCCGAGGCGGAGCGGCCCCCGCCGCCCCGGGAAAGUUUCCAGAAGCCGCGGGACUCCCUGGCAGAAGUGGUCAGACGUCAAGAUGGGGUUUUUUUUAAGGGCCCCCCCUAUCCCGGCUACCCCUUCCUGAUGCUCCCUGAGCUGGGCAGCCCCUACCUCGCCAAUGGAGCCCUCUCCCCAGGCGGAGCCCGCACAUACCUGCAGAUGAAGUGGCCACUGCUGGAUGUGCCGACUGGGGCCACGCUGAAGGACAAUCGCUCGCCCUCACCUGCCCACCUGUCCAACAAGGUCCCAGUGGUGCAGCACGCCCAUCAUAUGCACCCGCUGACGCCGCUCAUCACCUACAGCAACGAGCCCUUCCCACCAGGAUCUCCACCCAGCCACCUCUCCCCAGAGAUUGACCCCAAGACAGGGAUCCCACGGCCACCGCACCCCCCCGAGCUGCCCCCCUAUUACCCGCUGUCGCCAGGAGCUGUGGGGCAGCUCCCACACCCGCUGGGCUGGCUCGUGCCACAGCAAGGACAGCCUGUGUACUCCAUUCCGGCUGGUGGCUUCCGGCACCCAUAUCCAGCCCUUGCCAUGAAUGCCUCCAUGUCCAGUUUGAUGUCCAGCCGCUUCUCCCCACACAUGGUCCCACCGCCCACGCACGGACUACACCCCUCAGGCAUCCCACACCCCACCAUCGUGUCACCCAUUGUCAAGCAGGAGCCCUCGCAGCCCAGCGCCAGCCCUGGAGGCAGCUCGAAAUCCCCUGUGGCAGUAAAGAAGGAGGAGGAGAAGAAGCCCCACAUCAAGAAGCCUCUCAAUGCCUUCAUGCUGUACAUGAAGGAGAUGAGGGCCAAGGUGGUGGCUGAGUGCACGCUGAAGGAGAGCGCUGCCAUCAACCAGAUCCUGGGCCGGCGGUGGCACUCACUGUCACGGGAGGAGCAGGCCAAGUACUAUGAGCUGGCACGGAAGGAGCGGCAGCUGCACUCACAGCUCUACCCGACCUGGUCGGCGCGGGACAACUACGGCAAGAAAAAGAAACGAAAGCGCGAGAAGUUGGCACAGCAGCAGCAAAGCCACGACUCGGACAGCUCCCUGCCCUCCAAGAGCAAGAAGCCGUGUGUGCCGUACCUGCCGGCCGAGAAGCCGUGCACCAGCCCGGCCUCGUCCCACGGCAGCAUGCUGGACUCGCCGGCCACACCAUCAGCAGCGCUGGCUUCACCGGCUGCGCCGGCUGCCACCCACUCAGAGCAGGCUCAGCCGCUCUCGCUCACCACCAAGCCCGAGGCCAGGGCUCAGCUCGCCGUGCAUUCCACCAUCCUCACCAGCAAAGCCUCCUCCUCCUCCUUCUCCUCUUCCUCCUCCUCCAGCCUCAGCAGCCUGCCCUCACUCCUCUCCAGACCCAUUCCCUUUGCCUCAGUGACCCCCACGGCUCUCCUGUCCCCUCCUGGCUCCAUCCCGGCCACCCUGGCUGUGCUGCAGACACAGCCCCUCUCCCUGGUCACUAAACCUGCUGACUAA